UGUGUAGUAACAGACAGCACACCCACUGGUGCAGACACUUCUUCUCCUUGUUCGCAGCGUUUUCAUGACUGUAGAGAGAUUUGGACGCACAGAGUUUGGAAUAUUUUUCUUUGCAUGUCAUCAUGCGCUGGUUGCUUGCUAGAUACUGCGGGCUUGCACUGAUCUAUCUGUCAGUGGCCCUGAAUGAAGCCCAAGUGCUCACCCAGGUACCCCGGUUCUAUGGUGUGAAAACCAGGCAAACUGUGUAUAUAUACUGUGAGAACUAUUCAAGGCUGCAAGGUGAGGUGCAGUGGUACAAGACCAAUGUGGAUGGAAAAGAAGAAAAACAGAUUACGCAAGGACCCAGGACUGAGCUUCGUACAGGCGUAAAAAGCUGUCUUCAACUCAUGGAUUUGAACACUGAAGACAGUGGAGUGUACUUCUGCAGGAUAAACAAUAUAACGGGACCUGGGACUGGACUGCAAGUUGUCAGAAACGUGAACGUUCGUGAGGCUCUGUACAGAAGCAAGAUGAAGGAUGGUCUCAUGGUCUUCCAGGGCCUACUGCUGGCUGUGUGUAUUGCUGCUGUACUUCUACGCAAACACAGUCUGCUCAAAGAGAAGGACAGCAUAUAUGAGGAGCCCGAAACUGAUCAUAUCUAUGAGGGCCUGGCAAUUGAGACGUGUGGAGGAGGUCUGUAUGAGGAACUGUCUGUGUACACCCAGGCUGAAGGAGGUGAGGCCCCAUGGGAGUGAGGCUGACAAAAUUUGACUACUUUUCACCUCACCACGUCGACAGCCUUCUCACUUAUAAGUUGUACAGUUAAAAUAAUAGUUUGAGUCUUUAAUGCUCCUGCUCAGAUUUGGAUAUAUCAUUUUCUGCUUUGUUUAUAAAUCUGCAUACAUAAUCUACAAAAGCGGUUCUCAACCUGGGGUCCAGGGACCCCCAGGGGUCCUUGAGGGGGUUCCAGGGGGGUUCCAGAAAAAUGUUUAACAUUUUAAUUUCACUAUUAUUUCAUUGACUAGAAAUUAGCCCAGUGAAUGAAUGUAUAAGAAUGACUAUUCUGUUAAUAGGUUUCAUACUCUUCACUCAUUAAUCUGCCAAUAUACAGUAUAGACAGUUAUGGAAUGACUUAACUGGGAUCUUAACUGGGGUCUCUGGGAUCCCCAUCUGAUAAGAUGGGGAUCCCAGAGACUACAUCUUGUCAAAUAUGGGUCCGCAGCCUGAUAUGUAUCAAUCUGGGGGUCCUUGACACCAGAAAGGUUGAGAACCACUGCUCUACAAUGCUUCCUAUAAGCUAGUGCUGUUGAUUUUACGCUAUUCAGUAACACUGCAUUGAAUUAAUCCGAUGUGAUCUGAAGUCCACUGAAGUGUAAAUGAACCACUCGACAACACAAUUCAGACUCGACAGCUGAAAACUCAGCUGACGUUUUGGUGCUUCAAGAGGAUUUUAUAUAAAUUGUAUUGUGUGUGAUUUUAUAAUGACUUCUCUGACUUGAAAAUGUAAUGUCUAUAUUAUCUUGUAUUCAUAGUAGGUGUAAGAACAUGCUCAUCAUAAAAAAUUUUGAGAGGUUUUAUCAUAGAAAAAGGACCUACAUGUUCCUGUUGUUUGCUCUGUAAAACAUCUGUGUGCCUUUUGUGUAUGUAAUAGGAAUGAAAACAAUAAAAACAUUUCCAUUUGCUGGA